GAGUCCGGAGGAGCGGUUGUGAGGCGGCUGCUGCGCCGCGGGCGUCCUGGCACUAAGUAAGUGUAGUUUUGUGCAGUGACGGUGCGGAUGUGAAUCACGGAGCUCGGCGGCGCUUGCGGUGAGCGUAUGUGAGAAACCUGUUCAGAAAUGGAUUGGUGUGGCGUUAAUAAGCCGCUACCGGUGCCCUCCCGGCCUUGGGACUGUGUGCCCUUGCGGGCCUCGCUCCGAAUGAAGUUAAUGACGGCUGGGUCACUGGGUUUUCCGGGUAUUUCUAACACUGCUUCUUGUAUUCGUGUUUGGUAAGUACGGAUUCGUUGAUACUACAGAAUUAAAGCCUUUUUUUGAACGACACUGCUAUCUUGUGAUUGGUGCGCUUUCCUGAUAACUUAGACGUUUGCCUGCGCUUCAUUAGCGAGUCACUUAGCUCUUAGCUGGAGGAGCGACAAGUGUGAAAAAAAAAACGGAAAGGAAAGCUGCAGGCUAUGAAAUGUACCAGCCGGUCGAGUCUCGGCGCAUGCGCGGUGGCGCGGGCCGAUGUCCGCUAAAACUGCAGUUCCCGGCGUGCCCCGCGCCGUCGCCGCGCACGCGCCCUGGGGGGGCUCUCCUGGCGGACCGCCGCUCCUGCCGUCCCCCGCGGGCGGCCAGCAGACGGUCCCGCGUUUGCCCCGGCCCCCGCCCCUCACCCCGAGCCAUGGACAUGGAGGUGGACGCCGGCUCUGUGGUCUCGGGGCUGUCGGGCGGGGAUGGAGCAGGCGCGGGCCCGGCCGAUGAGGACCAGGAGAUGGAGGGGACUCCCAGCUGCUCGGGGUCGCGCUCCCUCCCCUUCGAGUUCGAGCGGAGCCGCUCGGAGUCCAGCGGCGACGAGGACGACGACGAAGACGAGGAGGAGGAGGAGAUGGAGGAAGAGGAGCUCGAGGGGGACCCCGGGGCUCGGUUCGGGACGGACGACGGGGAGCUCGACUCGGACGACGACCGGGAGCGUAUGAUAAACCUCGCAGAGUUGACCCCUUACAUCCUGUGUUCCAUCUGCAAAGGUUACUUUAUUGAUGCUACAACUAUUACAGAAUGUCUGCACACCUUUUGUAAAAGCUGCAUAGUGAGGCACUUCUACUAUAGCAACAGAUGUCCAAAAUGCAAUAUUGUUGUACACCAGACACAGCCCCUUUAUAAUAUCAGACUGGACCGACAACUGCAAGACAUAGUCUAUAAAUUAGUUGUCAAUUUGGAGGAAAGAGAGAAAAAACAAAUGCAUGACUUCUAUAAAGAAAGAGGAUUAGAAGUGCCCAAACCAGCUGUCCCACAGCCAGUUCCAGUGAGCAGAGGAAGACCUCGAAAAGUUCUGGGCUCUGUGUUCCGGAUCCCACCAGAACUUGACAUCUCCAUACUUCUGGAGUUCAUUGGAGCUAACGAAGGCACAGGGAAUUUUAAGCCUUUGGAAAAGAAGUUUGUGCGUGUUUCAGGGGAGGCAACAAUUGGACAUGUGGAGAAAUUCCUCAGAAGAAAAAUGGAUCUGGACCCUACUUGUCAGGUGGACAUAAUAUGUGGUGAUCACCUGCUAGAACACUACCAGACACUGAGGGAAAUUCGUCAAGCCAUAGGAGAGAGUGCAGUACAGGAUGGUUUGCUUGUACUGCACUAUGGCCUGGUAGUAUCUCCACUAACUGUAACUUAAAAAUUGCUAGAAUAUCAGAAGGCAAAAGAAUCCGAAGUCAUCAAGCUUCUUCACUGCUGUUUUUCACCAAAGAAGGCCAUCAUAUUUCCUGUGACAGGAAGCAAGUAAAAGGAACCACCACUAACUGCUGUAUGCUUGUAAUUUAAUGUCUGACUUUUACCACUGUAAAAAAUUACAGCUUCUGUAAGUACAGCUAUAGAUGUUGCUAUGCUUUGUGUUACAAAUUACUGUCUUCAGACUUCACUCAGGGAAUUUAAAUGCUCAACAGUAGCUGCAUUUUUUUAUUUUCUAAAACCACAAGAUCUCAUGGGGUGAACAGCCUUUUCUUCUUCUAAGCUAUGAGAUAUUGCUUGCUUUCUAAGUGUCUAGCUAGAACAGUGCUCUCAGGGAUGAUCUUCAGUGGGCAGUAUUCUGGGGAGGAGACAGUCAUCUGCCUAAAAAAAAAAAGUGUUCUGUGAUCAUCUGUCUUUGGAUGUGAUUUAGGGAGAAGGGAACUUCAGAAACGCAGACCAAAAUAGG